AUGAUCCACUCGCGGCGCCUCGUGACAACGAUCGCGGGCCUUGGCCUCGCCAGUGCGAGCGCAUGGAUGUACUCGGACGAGGACAUGGCACCUGUCGUCGUCGUCAAGGAGAGCGCUACAAAGAAGUCGAAGCGCAGCCGCAGCAAUAGCCUCACCGGGCCUUGGGACGCCAAGCGGCAUGGCAUUGAGCAGAGCUACUUCCGCAAGGUCGGCGACUAUCUCGCGUCCGCGACCGUUCAAGCGUCGACGGCGUACGUCUCGCUUGCAGGGCGUGGCAACCAGGCGCUUAACGUCGCCGACCGCGCCCAUCCGCAGCUCGACGCGAAGCAGUUGAUUGCCAGCAGCAACUUUGACCUGCUCCUCAACCUUGUCGCGAGCGAUACCAACAACACAGUGCACGACGACACGUACAAAGCGAUCAACCGCGCGGCCGAGCGCAACGUCGAAUGCGCGGCUGCGAUUGCCGAGCGGGCGACGCGGUAUGGCAAGCAGGCGCUUCUGCAUCUCGCAAGGCGCAACGACCUCGACGGACGCCUCGGCGACGCGCUCCGCGGACUCACCGUGCUCAACGGCAACGAGUGUCGGUUUGGGCCUGCCAACCUCACGUCGCUGGUCGCCCUUGUGUGUGCGAGCGACCUCCCGCCAUCCUACGCCGAGUUUGCGUGGUGGGCCCUCGCCGCGAGUGCAAGCGAUCGCGCGCUCACGUCACGCUACCGGUGGCGCAAAACGUGGUUCGGCGACGACCGUGUCGCCCGGACGCGCUCCGUACUCAUGCGGAACCCUUACAUUUGGUCGGCGCUGCUUGCGACCGACGCAGCCAGCCCCGAAGUGCAGCUGCAAGCGUCGUCGCUCGUCAAGGAGCUCGUCAAGGCGUCCUCGAUGGCGACCUGCCUCGACGACGACAAACUCGACUUGAUCUGGGAGUGGUUCGUCACAGAAGACGACGUGCCGCUCAGCCUCAACGCGAUCGAGACGCUUGCCGUCGUGGCGGCGGACCCUGCGUGGCGUGCCAAUGUGCUCGGCCGCGGCUUCCUCGACCAGUUGCACCACAAGAUGCACGGAACCAAGGACCCGCGCCUUGCCGCCGCGGUCCUCCGCGCCGUGCACGCCGUCGCCUUUUCCCAUGCUUCGUCCGACCUCGACGCGCACGCGCUCUCGCGCGUUGACGACGGCGUCAGCGUGCUCGACGACGAUUGGCUCGGCGGCUCCGAAGCCGUCGACGAGCCCACGUACAACGACAUCUCGCGCGAAGCCGUCCGGUGCCUCGAAGCUCUCUCGACAUCGGGCAGCUACAAGAGCCAAGGGGUCCAAGAAUGGCUCAUCGCGGUGCUCGACCAAGUCCUUCGCAAUGUGCCGUAUGAACUCGCGACGCAGGCCAGCACGGUGCGGGCCGCGCGGAGUCGGACGCGGCCUCUCCAGAACGCACCGCCAAACAAACCAAACGAGUUUCUGGACGCGCAUACGCGGGCUCUGCGCGCGCUGGCGUUUGUGAUCGAACGGCCCGCGUGCCAAGCCGCGUUUGUCAAGGCCGGCGGCCUCCCGCUGCUAAACGCCAUGGCGGCGUCGCUCGACAAAGACGGGCCGUCGGCUGCCAAGUUUCAAAUCGAGUGGGCGCGCGUCAUCGCCAACCUCGCGUCCAGCGCUGAGAUGGAUUGGCACGUCAAGAGUGAACUCCAGCGCGGUGCGUGGACGUCGGCGCUUGAGGCGCUCGCGACGUCUUCGAACGUCCAAGUCAAAAUGCAAGCCCGGCGAGCACUUCACAACCUCUCGACGGCUUACGACGCCACCAUGGUCCGUGACAAGGAUGAGGACGAGGACGAGGAUGCGAUGGAGCGACGACUGCCAGAGAAAAAGGUCGUGUACCUCGAAGGCGUCCACCCGAUGCUUGGCGCCCCGACAGAAGGGACGCCGGCAACCUACGACGUCGACGUUGUCUUCAUCCACGGUCUCCUUGGAUGUGCGUACGAGACGUGGAUUGGCGGCGACAACAUCCACGCCCCCGACGCGUCGACGCCGGUCUGGGCCAACGAUUGGCUCGUCGCCGACCUCCAAGCCCGCGGGCUCGAGCCGCGCGUCGUCUCCCUCGGCUACGACUCGAAAAUCUUUGCGUCCGAGUCGAAUUUCGAGACGCUGUGUCUCGAAGACACGAGCCGCGAUCUGCUCCAGAAGCUGCAAAAGGCGCAGGUCGGCACGUCGAAGCGGCCCGUCGUGUUUGUGACCCAUAGCAUGGGCGGCAUUGUCCUGAAGAAGAUGCUCAGCGACGCGGCCGACCACAACAUGCAGUCGCUGCCCGAGGCGACGUCGGGGCUCAUGUUUUACUCGACGCCGCACCACGGAUCGCCGGUCGCGGUCGCCCUCCAGCGCAUCAACGUCAAGAGCCUCAACCUCGCGCACCCGGUCGUCGCGGACCUCCAUGGCACGCCACGUCUCAAGCACUUGAACGAAUGGUGCGCGAGCUUUGCGUCGACCAAGGGCGAUGACCUGCACGUGCUCAGCGUCGGCGAGACGCGCCCGAUGAAGAUUCCGAUCGUCGGCGUCGAAGCCGUCGUUGUGCCCGAGGCGUCGUCCAACCCGGGCUUCGGCGAGUACGUGCGGCUCGACGACGCCGACCACAUUGACGUCUGCAAGCCCAAGUCCAUGGAGGACGUCCGGUAUACGCUGGCGCGCGACUUCAUCCUGCGCGCCGUCCCGCCCCGUCGCUACGACAACCAGCUCGAGAUGGACGACGACGACGACGACGACGAGCACGCCUGA